AUGCCUGCCGCAAGCCAUAACAUGUGUGCCUACAAAAAGUACGGCGAUUUUACAGACGACUAUCACGUUACUUUGACACACAGCAACGAGGCCAACCCUAUUAUGGAUCAGUCUGGAGAGCAUUUCGUCAGCACCAAGACCCAAACUUUCACGAACCGCCGAGGCCGUGUUGAUCUUGAUACUGGUGGAGGAUGGAGUGCCGCUUUCGAUGGAACGGACUGGGGCGGUUUCUGGUGGAUGUCGAAGUACGACUGGGGAAAGAAGAGCGUCGCCUGGGGAUGUUACAAUGACAAAUACGCUCCCGGUUGGUGCAAAAUGGAAAUGUUCGAGGCUUGCAAACGCAAGCACGGCGCCUCCUAG